UUGAAAAUGCACGACUAACACUACCAUUCUCGAACCAGAAUAGACGCGUCCGCUACGCUACAGCCAGAUUUACCUAUGAGCAAUCGACAUCGUACGCAUUGUUCAAUUUAAUAGAAGAGAUUCCAUGAAGUUUAGGGGUAGGUAGUGGUUCCCCUGACUCAUCAAAACUGCACCAGUCAGUGGGAUUGUCUGUCGUAGUUAAGGACUUAACAGGGUAUUGGUCAUCACCAUUAUUAUAUCUUAUCGGAUCUUUAUCGGAAUCAUAUAUAGGCAUAUACCACAGGUCCUAAUGCAUGCUAGGGCUGCACCACGACAAGCUUAGAUAAUCAGAUAAGAACUAUAAUCCGGAUAGGGCAAUGGAAAACAAUGGUACAGAGGAGAGAGCUGAGGUUUAUAUUUGUUCAGGCAAUGGAGGCCCAAAGGGUUUUAAAAGACCCAAAACAAGAGAUGAAAAUGAUUUUGAUGAUGAUGAAGGGGGGUUUAUCAGAAGAGAAUUUGAGCAUCAUGAAAAGGGUGUGGCUAGAAUCAAUAAUGGCAGCUUUGGGUGCUGCCCUUCGUCAGUCUUGUCUGCACAGGCGAAGUGGUCGCGUGUCUUCAUGCAACAGCCUGAUAGUUUCUACUUCAACUCUCUUCAAAAGGGUAUUCUGGAAUCAAGGCAGAUAGUAUCUCGUUUAAUAAAUGCUGCUCAUGUUGAAGAAGUGUCUCUGGUAGAUAAUGUCACCACGGCAGUAGCUAUUGUGCUGCAACAGGUUGCCUGGGCAUUUGUGGAAGGCGAGUUUAAGAAAGGGGAGGAUGCAGUGUUGAUGCUACACUAUGCUUAUGGGGCUGUAAAAAAGGCCAUCGAAGCAUAUGCAGUCCGUGCAGGGGCCCAUGUAAUUGAAGUUCAUCUGCCAUUCCCUGUGUCAUCUAGAGAAGAAAUUAUUGUCACUUUUCGAGAAGUUUUGAAGCAGAGUAAGGCUCAGUCCAAGCGGAUCAGAGUAGCAGUACUUGAUCAUAUAACCUCUAUGCCUUCUGUAGUGCUUCCUGUGAAAGAGCUCAUCAAAAUUUGUAGGGAGGAGGGUGUGGAUCAGGUUUUUGUUGAUGGUGCGCAUGCUAUUGGAAGUUUAGAUAUUGAUAUGCAAGAUAUUGGUGCAGAUUUUUAUGCUAGCAAUCUUCACAAAUGGUUCUUUUGUCCUCCUCCUGUUGCUUUUUUGUAUUGCCGUAAGCAGCUUCUUCCUCAUCUUCAUCACCCAGUUGUUUCUAGUGAAUAUGGGUGUGGCUUGGCUAUAGAGUCUGCCUGGGUGGGGAACAGGGAUUAUAGUGCACAGCUCUCUGUGCCUGCUGCAUUGGAGUUCAUUGAACAAUUUGAAGAUGGUAUUGAAGGCAUCAGAAGAAAGAACCAUGACCGUGUUAUCCGCAUGGCAGAGAUGCUAGCCAAGGCCUGGAAUACCCAUUUGGGCGCCCCUCCAGCACUAUGCUCAUCAAUGGCAAUGAUAGGUUUGCCAGAUGCUUUAAAGGUAGGAUCAGAAAAAGAUGCUUUGGAUUUGAGGACCCUCUUGAGAAAGAAGUUUGGGGUGGAGGUUCCAAUAUAUUACAGACCACCAACAGUGGUGACACAUCUUGAUUCAACCGGGAGGCCUAAACCAGCAUUUUCAGCAUAUGCAAGGAUUUCUUAUCAAAUUUACAACACUACUGAUGAUUAUCUAAAGUUUCGUGAUGCUGUUAAUCAGCUUGUGUUGGAGGCUUCUAAAUAGUAAUGCACUGUGACUCAUAUAUUAAAAAGAUCAGAUUGUUGACCCUGUCCCUUCCAAAACCCCAAUAUCAUGCUCCAUUCUAUAUUUUCUUUUGCUUUUCUAAAUGUUUUUUGUUUCCCCUCCUUUUGUUUUGUGGGUGGUAUUUAACAGACAGAAAUGAGAAGAGAGUCAAUAGCUAGAACAUUGAAUUGAAGAGAGACUUCGUAGUUAUGCAUGGACAUGAAUGAUCACUUUUAUUGGGGUCAGGAUUUAAUUACGGUGCAUAAGGAUCAUCUUUUCAUGGCAGAGGGGAUCUCCUUGUAGGCUUGUAGCCUCGAAUGUAGGUUCAACAUUCAAAACGGAAUAGUGGCAGUGUAGAAAGCAGAAUGCAAAUGCAUUUUUAUGAGAAAUUGUUGAAGAUUAUGUAAUGCAUUGAACACUUGAACCCUGAUCUCCCAAAGGUAUGUAAUUUUGGACCUUGUGCAGACUCAUUUACUUGUGACUAGGAUAACAAGGUCAUUACUGAUUAUAUACCUCACUUGGAGCUAAUGCAUACUUGUAGGGGAACAACAAUCGAGUGUUUUAGGUUUCAUAACGAAGAUGUGGGUUACAAUUGUCAUAUUGCAACGAAAACUGGCCUUCACUUUAUUGCGUUCAAUUUUAUUUUCUCUUUUUCA